AUGCUUCAGUGCUCUGGGAAGUGCAGAGGUCAAGUCACAGUAACUCAGACUCCUGCAGUAAAAUCUGCUCUUCCAGGAGAAACAGUCACCAUCAACUGUAAAAACAGUCAUGCAGUGUACAAAGGCUCAGAUGGUGAGGUGUUACACUGGUAUCAGCAGAAACCUGGAGAAGCUCCUAAACUCCUGAUUAAACUUGUAAAUCAGCUAUACUCAGGAGUUCCAGCUCGUUUCAGUGGCAGUGGAUCUGGAUCUGAUUUCACUCUGACCAUCAGUGGAGUCCAGACUGAAGAUGCAGCAGAUUACUACUGUCAGAGUGAACAUUACAUCAGUAGCAACUGGCAAUCAACUUCACCCACAGCUACCAUGACUUUGAUCCCCGUCUUCAUCUGGACACUGAUCCUCUGGACUCAAGAGUGCAGAGGUCAAGUCACAGUAACUCAGACUCCUGCAGUGAAAUCUGCUCUUCCAGGAGAAACAGUCACCAUCAACUGUAGAACCAGUCAGGCAGUGUAUAAUAACAACUACUUACACUGGUAUCAGCAGAAACCUGGAGAAGCUCCUAAACUCCUGAUUAAAUUUGUAAAUCAGCUACAGUCAGGUUUUCCAGCUCGUUUUAGUGGCAGUGGAUCUGGAUCUGAUUUCACUCUGACCAUCAGUGGAGUCCAGACUGAAGAUGCAGCAGAUUACUACUGUCAGAGUUACCAUGACAUCUCUGGCUACUGGUUUACACAGUGUUAUAGAGUCGUACAGAAACCUCCCUCAGUCAGAUUGUAG